CACCGGGUCGCACUCGCGGACAAUAACGCUACUGUGCGACUCUCUCUCAUCUCCCGUUAUCCCUCUCCACAUACACACAGAGCCGUGAAACAGAGGGGAGACGCGGUCUUCCCGAAGUUUGCUUGCCUAAAAAUACACAUUUUAUUUAGUUUUCCGUAAAUUGCUCAUUGUAGUGAAGUACAGACAGUCGCGGACAAACACACGUGUGCGCGCAAGGACGAGAAGCGCUCCCGGUGAAGUUUAAAGACUGAAAGUCGACUCGCUCGCGUGGAUUACUCGGGAAUACAAAUCUCUGCGAGUUUACCGGAGACAAAACGUCGCGUUUGUUCUUCCCAACCACCAGAUUUCAAUGCUUUAAAUGAAGGAAUGUGCUAUGCCACUGGAUAAUCAAAAGGACUGCAGCCUCCUGAACCCUGUAUGUCUGACAAAUGUGUUUUCGCAGUGCAGUGUGGGAUGGCCCUCAUCUUCACCCUGUUUCAGUCCCUCCUCCUGGCCAUUCUGGGUGCCCCAGGGGUCCAUAGCAGUUAUCCACACUUCUCUUCCAAUGACACGGUCUUCCAGCACCUUGCGUUGCACCCUGACCCCAGCAUAGGGACGGUCUAUGUGGGGGCACGGGACCAUCUGUUCCAGCUCGCUGGCCUCGAUGGCCUCCGUCUCGAAGUAGAUGAGAAAACGGGACGCGUCAGAGACAGUAAAGACUGCUUGCCACCGGUGACCCUUGAGAACUGCCCUCAGGCUGGCUUUGUUAGCAAUCACAACAAACUACUGUUAGUGGAUUCGUACUCCUUCCAGCUUAUCACCUGUGGCAGCGUCCACCAGGGCACCUGCCAAAAACGCAGUCUUGAAAAUGUGAAGCAAGUUCUGUUCUCUGCCGAGAGACCUGUUGAUACACAGUACGUAGCGGCUAACGACCCGACGGUUUCAACGGUUGGACUUGUAGUGCGGCCGCACGAUAAAGAUCCGGUCCUGUACGUCGGACGAGGGUACACCAGCAGUCACCCACCAGUCUCCACAAGACAACUUUUGACGGAACCUGUGUUCUCGUACGAGGAAACUGCAAAACUCGCCGUCGCCGGUCGCCUCUCGGAGUACGACCACAAUUUUGUCGCUACUUUUGCCCGACGCAACCACGUCUACUUCCUGUUCUAUAGGCGCGACCUGAAAACUACUAGGGAAUAUCGUACGUACGUGGCUCGGGUUUGUCUUGACGAUCAGGCGUAUUAUUCUUACGUUGAAGUUCCGCUAACAUGCCGUUUGCCUGGAAAGAACUACAAUCUCCUCCAGGGGGCGCAUGUGGGUGGUGGAGAAUACGGAGCCUCGCAAGUUUUAUUGGGAGUCUUCUCAAUGCCGCUUAGUGGUGCUAGUGGACCUAGUGAGGAAUCGGCAUUAUGCAUGUACAAUCUGGAUGAGGUGGACCGCAGUAUUGAUGGUACUCGAGAUCUGUGCUACACACAAGAUGGGGGCAACAAUGUGGCGUACAUUGAAUAUGAAGUCAAAUCCAGCUGUGCCAACCUGCCCAUGAACACCCUGAACGCUUAUCCCUGUGGUUCAGACCACACCCCCAGUCCAAUGGCAAGCCGGGAGCCGGUUGACGCUAAACCGAUAUGGGAGAAUCCAUCCGCACGUCUUACUGCUGUGGCCGUCAGUGUGAAGGAGGGGCACACGAUUGUCUUCCUGGGUGACUCCAAAGGCAAUUUGCAUAAGGUGUUCCUGGGCGAGUCAGGAGAGGUGAAGAGAUAUUCCACUGUUCAGAUUCAAGCAGGUUCACCCAUCAACAGCGACUUACUGCUGGAUGUUAACCACAAACACCUUUACAUCAUGACCAGCAAUACUGUGGAGAAGAGGCCUGUAGCAGAGUGUGAAAAACACACUGAUUGUACUUCCUGUCUGGCAGUGAAGGACCCAUACUGUGGUUGGUGUGUUCUUGAUGGCCGGUGUGGGAUGCAGUCAGACUGUAGGUUGGGUUCAGUGGCAGGUCAUUGGCUGUGGAGUUUUGAUGACCAGCAACAGUGCUUGAAAGUGGAGUCACUGAGCCAAUAUAACGCCAGCCUGGGAGAACAAAAACAGAUUGCUGUGGACGUCCCAGGUUUGCCGAGCCUGUCAGAGGGUGACACGUACUCCUGUUUCUUUGAAGACACUGAGACGGCUGCCUCUCUCCAGGGGACCACAGUCACCUGUGCUACACCCGAGACCCACAGACUUCCACCUAUACCACAGGGAGAAGAUUGUGUACGUGUCCGGCUGUCCCUUCGCUUCAGGAGAGUCACUGUUGUCGUCUCAGACUUCACCUUCUAUGAUUGCUCAGUGGUGCAGCAGCUGUCUGGCAGCAUGCCGUGUAGUGGUUGUGUAAGCAGCCACUGGCAGUGUAACUGGUGCAUCCACCAGCACAUCUGCACUCACAGGUCCAUGUGUGACCGCGGUGUGAUCAUCUAUAACCAGCAUUUUACACUCCCCACAUCUACUCCUCGAAUGGUUAAAGAGGUUGAUACGAACACGGUUACAACCUCGACACCCUCUACGACAACCCUUCCGACCACAACGCUCCCGACCACAACCCUCCCGACCACUGAGGUUGCCAUAACAACCGAAGCUGUUGUAACAACAACCACCCCUACCAUGACCCCUCCCACUACUCCAGAGCCGACCGCCGCCCCCACCACGCCUUUGGAAACCACAACUCCGCUUACCGACCCGCCCACUACCCCCAACCACGCAACAACUGCUUCAUCCGCUACCACGGCAGAGUCGAUCGAUACGACCACAGGGGCUCAAACACUGUCGCCAAACGUCUCUUGGGUUGAGGACAGGGUGCAGGUAGGUGUGGUGUCGACCUCGACCCCCCGACUGCACGAAGGGCUUACGGUUGAUGCGUUGGAUGAAGACGCUGUCGAAUUGACCCUACCCACUUUGAGAGCCGGAGAAGUGGUGACGAUAGGGAUGUUGGGUGAAGUACUGCCCACGUCUGCUUCUGAAGUGGUGACCCUGUCGCAGGCAGAAUUGGAUAUAGAUGCCCUAAUAGACACAGGUGUCUCUGUGUCAUCCGCUAACGCCCCCUCUGGUGAUGGUGAGGCGGGCCUUGAUUCGUCCGAUUUCCCCAUUUCUUCAGACAUGGACUACCAGUCCGACUCGGCUGACCUUUUUCUCUUGGGAGAAGAGAGCUUAACAAUAAGCGGAGGUGCUCACGCAUGCCCGUGUUUGGAGAGCGUUCAGGGCAGCUCGCUUCUUCCUGUCAACGUUGCAAGCAAGAUUACUCUAGCCGGUCGCAACCUACACCUUUACCAGGAUAAAGAUCUGGAUUACCAGUGUGUGCUAAUGAUUGAGGGCCAAACCGUGGUGGUGGACGCUUUUGUGGAAGUCGAUGAUGCACAGCCAUCUCUCUUCUUCAUCACCUGCCAGCAACACAAGUACUCCUAUUCGGCUGACAUGGAGGAAUACAUGUCCACGGUUUCCGUAAGGAGAAGAGACUCUUUUCAGAUCGACUACCCGGAAAAACUGCAUGUACAACUGUAUAACUGCUCGGUGGGCCGCUCCGACUGCAGCCGAUGUCACACGGCCAAUCGGCAGUAUGAAUGCGUGUGGUGUGAGGGCUCUCGUUCCAGCUGCGUCUUCAAGAGUUCCUGCUCUGACCACAUCCAGCAGACCUGUCCUGCUCCUCACAUACACAUGAUUACGCCUCUUUCUGGUCCAGUGGAGGGCGGUACAGUGGUCACAAUCUUUGGAUCUAAUCUGGGUCAGAGAGCAGAAGACAUCAAGCACUCCGUCACCAUAGCAGGGGUCCCUUGCAGAGUCAUAGCCGACAGAUACGAGGUCUCCUCAAGCAUUGUUUGUGAGACCACAGCGAGCGGAAGGGAAACAAGCGGCCAUGUCUCCGUGGAGGUUAAAGGCGGAGGAAUCGGGCAAUCUGCCCAGCGAUUCAGUUACCAGGACCCAGUGUUAUUGGAUGUGUCUCCUCUGAAAGGCCCAAUGUCAGGCGGCACAUCGCUCACCAUCACAGGACGAAACCUUCUAACGGGCCAUCCCAGCGAGAUGGGCGUCCUGAUUGGUGGAGUCCCAUGUCACAUUUAUUCUGAGCAGCACAACGAUCGGGUUGAAUGUGUGACUGGAGGCAAUAACCGAACUGGAGAAAGUGCCGUUACCGUGCGAUUUGGUAAAGCACAGCGCCAUCUGUCGAAAGUCUAUUAUCACUACACACCAGAUCCUAAUGUGACCAAUGCUGUUCCAUCUAAAAGCUUUCUCAGCGGGGGUCGUAUCAUUCGAGUGUCCGGCCAGCAUCUGGAUGUGGUACAGGAGCCGCGUAUCCGUGUGACCCUGACCCCUAUAGAGCCCCAGACUCAAAGGAAGAGGAGGAGCGUGUUGGCAAGCGAGAAUAAAGUACACUACGGUCCUCUUAAAAGAAGGCGUCGGAUAGUCCCUGAACUGGACUGUCGUGAUAGUCUUUGUGUCAUCAAACAGGUUGAAGAGCAGUGCACAGUGAACAGUUCCACUUUGAUCCUGUGUCCCACUCCAGAAGUGGGGCCCGAGGCCCUUCGUGCCGCAGUUAGCGUCCACUUCCUCUUUGAUAACCUCCAUUUUGAAUUUGAGGCGGUCAACGGUGGCCCCUUCAGCUAUGAGCCGAACCCUGUUCUUCGCGACCUCAAUCAACACGAUCCCAGCAAACCUUUCCGCCACAAACCCGGCAGCAUCAUCUCUGUGGAGGGGGAGAACCUGGACCUGGCCAUAUCUAAGGAAGAGGUGGUGGCCCUUGUUGGAGAUGGAGAGUGCACAGUCAAGACUUUAACCAGGAAUCAUUUGUACUGCGAGCCGCCAGCACAACAGCCACCGGUGCCAGCGUCCAAGAAACGAGAUUCCAAUGACGCACUCCCAGAAUUCACUGUGAAGAUGGGAAAUCUCAACUUCUCUUUGGGUCGCCUGCAGUAUGAUUCACAGGGUCAGGCCACCUUCCCUCUGGAAGCUCAAGUUGGAGUCGGGGUGGGAGCCUUUAUUGUGGCUCUUAUUGUGCUGGUUAUCGUCCUCAUAUACAGGAGGAAAAGCAAGCAAGCGUUACGAGACUAUAAGAAAGUUCAAAUCCAGCUGGAGAAUUUGGAGACCAGUGUCAGAGAUCGCUGUAAAAAGGAAUUCACAGAUCUAAUGACAGAGAUGAUGGAUGUAUCCAGCGACCUCAUGGGAUCUGGAAUUCCAUUCCUGGACUAUCGUAGGUACUCUGAGAGGAUCUUUUUCCCUGGUCACAGAGAGUCACCGCUAACACGAGACCUUGAUGUUCCGGCUUGUCGCCGGGCCACCGUAGAGCAAGGCCUGGUUCAGCUGUCUAACCUUCUCAACAGCAAGCUGUUCCUGACCAAGUUCAUUCACACUCUGGAAGCCCAGCGGACCUUCUCUCCGAGGGACAGGGCGUACGUGGCGUCUCUCCUCACGGUGGCGCUGCACGGCAAGCUGGAAUAUUUCACAGACAUCUUAAAAACUCUGCUGAGUCACCUGGUGGAGCAGUACAUCACCAAGAACCCUAAACUCAUGCUGCGCAGGACGGAGUCUGUAGUGGAGAAGCUAUUGACCAACUGGAUGUCUAUAUGCCUGUACUCCUUCCUCAGGGACACGGCAGGCGAGUCUUUCUACAUGAUGUUCAGAGCCAUUAAGCAUCAGGUGGAUAAGGGUCCCGUGGAUGCCGUUUCAGGCAAAGCUAAAUACACGCUGAACGAUAACAGACUACUGCGAGAAGAUGUGGACUACCAUACUGUGACUCUAAAUGUCCUGGUGAGCAGCGGAGGCACCGGUGAGUCACAGACGGUCCCUACCAAAGUCCUGGAUUGUGACACCAUCACUCAGGUGAAGGAGAAGAUCCUGGAGCAGACGUUAAAGGGCACAUCAUACUCCCACAGACCCACUGCAGACUCCGUUCAUCUAGAAUGGAGGGCAGGAAUGGCUGGUCAUCUGAUCUUGUCAGAUCAGGAUUUGACAUCAGUGGUUCAGGGGUCCUGGAAACGCCUCAACACCUUACAGCACUACAAGGUUCCUGAUGGUGCCACAGUAACACUAGUGUCACGACAGUCCAAGCAAAUCCACCAUGACAGCCAUGACUACAUACCAGGAGAGAAGACUCCAAUGUUGGAGGAUGGGGAUGAUGAAGGAGUUAAACAAUGGCAUCUGGUGAAGGCCAAUGAGGAGGCAGAACUUCCCAAACACAGACGAGGCAGUCUGAGAGAUAAAGACCGUGAGAGAGCCAAGGCCAUACCGGAGAUCUACCUCACACGUCUGCUGUCUGUAAAGGGUACACUGCAGAAGUUCGUAGACGAUCUGUUCACUGUGAUUUUGAGUACCAGUCGACCGGUUCCUUUGGCUGUGAAAUAUUUCUUCGAUUUGUUGGAUGACCUGGCGGCACAGCACAACAUUACCGACCCAGAGACCAUUCACAUAUGGAAAACAAACAGCUUACCGCUGAGAUUCUGGAUCAAUAUCCUAAAAAACCCUCAGUUCAUCUUUGACGUUCAGGCGUCUGAUAACCUCGACUCUGUGCUGUCGGUCAUUGCUCAGACCUUCAUGGACUCCUGUACCAUCGCUGACCACAAACUGGGGAGGGAUUCCCCGAUCAAUAAGCUUCUGUACGCGCGAGAUAUCCCACGCUACAAACAAAUGGUGGAAAGAUAUUAUUCAGAUAUACGACAGACCAUCCCUGUCAGUGACCAGGAGAUGAAUUCUUCACUGGCUGAACUCUCAAGGAAUUACUCAAAUGAAGUAAAUCAUCUGGUGGCAUUGCACGAGUUAUACAAGUAUAUCAACAAAUACUAUGAUCAGAUUAUCACAGCAUUAGAGGAGGAUUCAACGGCUCAGAAGAUGCAGCUGGGAUACAGGCUUCAACAGAUCGCCGCAGCUGUGGAGAAUAAAGUCACUGACCUUUGACCCGUGACCGCGGACAGACACUUUGAAAGACUGAAAUAAAGACAGCCAAUGAGAGAGCAGAGACCCUGCCCGGAGCAAUGAACUCUCACUUCCUGCGGUUCUGAAGGAUCCUGAGAAGAACAGAGGGGAAUUGAGAUCUUAAACGCUGUUACGGUCGAAGACACAGCAUUUCUAGAUGUCAUAUCUGUCUUAGAUAUUACACACAUACACUGUUGCUGGUCUGUAAAGUUGCUCUUUCUCUUAGCUUUUGCUAAAGGUUUCAUGCGUUCGCCACACGGGGUGCUCGAAAAGAUCUGUACACUUAACCUGAACGUUUUCUUUUUUUUGUUGGUGUGAUGUUUCUGGUAGAGAAGCAUCCGGUAUGCUAGUGCUUCAGAUUUUUUUAUGCAUUUUCCGAAUAUUGCUCAAAGCGAGUCUUACGCAGACCAACAUAAAGUUUGGCAGGAUGUUGUGAACUGCCACGCCCAAUGUCUUAAUAAAAGAAGAGUUUAUGAAGGAUUGUUUAUAAAGGACGUCUAAAUUAAUAAUGUUACGUGAUCCUGGUCUGAAAUAUAAUUUUUAGGAUGCCUUGUUUUUAUCCAAAACAUGUUUAUUUGUGAGAAACACUGGUUAAAGGGACCUCACCCUGACAGAGCCAUAUGUACUGUUUUCAUAUGGCAUAGAUUACAGUAUUAUAUUCAUUAACAUGCAUGGAUACUCACAAAGAUAAGUGGUUGGCACAUGCAUGUCGCACGUGUAAAUCUCUUUUUUUUUUCUUUUUUUGAGUCACAUUUUAUUGAUGAUGAUGUAAAUGGAAGGUUAACCUGAUUAACACACUUGAAAAUUGAUUUAGGUAAAUAGGUUGUGUCAUGUAACGUUCAACAUGCUUGGUUGUAAAUUUUACAUAGUCUUCGAUGGUUUAUUCUUCAGUGUUAAUGUGUGCUGUUCUGAUGUUCUUGUUGGCUUACAUCACUAAAAAAAAUAUAUGGUUUACCUGGCUGUCCUAAUGGGUACAGAUAUCUCCAUAUGGGUGAUUAUAUAACUGCAGGUACAUUUGGUAUCGAGUCAUUUUUUUUCAAAUGGUUAUUUUUUAUUAUUUUAAUAAGUUGUCAUGAAAAUCAUGAUUUUCAGUUAUGUAAGAUACAGGAAGUAUUAUAUUCACCCUGGCUUGUAACAUCUUGUGGUCCGUGCAGUUGAGUACCCCAUUUGGGACACCAAAGGUACCUGCAAAUACAUAAUCACUCGUAAAUAUACGGUACAUCCCUGCAUAUUUUUGUCUGAAAUGGUUAUGACUGAAGUAGUUUUUAUAUUUUUUUAAUAAGCGAUCAUGAUCAACUUUUCUUUUAAACUUUUCACAAAUUUUGUGAUUAUUUUUUUGUACACAUCAUGACUAACAUAGAGUUGCUAUUUGGAGAUGUGCUUUUAUGUGCUUUCAGCAAUACAAAUUAGAUCAGAUGCCAUAUUGUAAAUGGCUAAACUACCCGUUUCAUCUUUCCUUAUUUACAAAAAUAGCUAAUGUUUGGUAAUUGUACAAUAUUAGUAAAAGAAAAUGUAAUGUGAACCAGUUGCCCAGCAGUUACAACCUGGUUAAUCCCCAAGUGUUUUUAGUAAGCACAAAUCGUUCCCUGCUUAAGAUGAUUUGCUGUAUUUUGGAAAAUGGUAGGUAGCUGGUUUCUAGCUGGUCAAGUCAUUCAACACAUUAUUCAGAAUGCUCAAGCCAGUGAUUUGAAGCAUGGUAGCUGCUCGAUCAGCCAAUGUGCUGCGAUUGGAUGGCAACAAACCAGCUACCAGCCACCAAAACGCAAUGACUGGCAUAAGUUGCGCACACUGUUGGAGUCACAUGCUGUUCGGCUGUUUCUGCAUUUAUGAUCAUGGCUCAUUCAGCUGUUCAUUUGAAGAUUGACAGUUCAGCUAUCUGUGUUUUUACAUAGUGCGAACACUGAAUGCACAAAUGUAACCUGAACUAAAUGCAGCUGCUGCCUGACCUCUUACACUGAGCAUUGCUUACAUACAGUAAUUGAUUUGAUUUCUAUAUAUUUAUUUAUUUAUUUUGUGUUCAAAAUGGCUGCAAACGGCAGAUUGAUGUACAGACCAAAUUUCUGUAAUUAUGACAUCCCCCAAUUUUUUUUUUAUAAGAUUACCUUUAAUCUGUGGCUGAGAGCUGUAAGUUUCAAUGUCUUUGAGCAUAAAUGCAGGUUUCUUUUCGCUGUAGUCCACUGUUAUGCUGGCCUUUUGGUUUGUAUGAUACACGACUGAUUGUUUUGUAAGUCUUGCAAGGGACACACUGGCUAUUCGAGGCUAUUGUAAAUUGAUUGAUCUCCUCGCUCUUUUUACGUGUGCAUUUCUACGCAUUUCUGUAAAUAAAAUGUGCGAUCAUAAAUGUUUCAUAAGCCGUUAGACUGAAGCAAAUGUCAGUUUUUAUCAGCUGUUCUGUAAUACACUGUUGAAAAAGUUUCAUUUUAAGACAGAAUGGUUAAAUCUUCGCAUUAAAGGUUUAGUUCACUUAAAAGUUCAAGUUCUGUCAUUAUUUUGUUAGCACCGUAUAUGACUUUGUUUCUCUGUAUGGACCAGAAGACAUCAGGCAGGAUGUCAGAUGCUUUCAUCAGUGAAUAAAAAUGAAAUUUAGUCUUUUCCUCACAGCUAUUACAGUAAAUGACUUUAGAAGAUUUUGAAUACAUUUCACAAGU